AUGGCGGAUUUUCUUGACCGAGCAGACGGUUUCAUCAAACUUGCAGAGGCCAUUCAACGGGCGGAUGUCGAGCCUAGAUCGGGCCAACCAGAGGCUCACUCGGCAGGAGUGUCAGCUCAAAACCCCCAAUACCCUAGUAGUUUAAAUUUGGGCGGCAAAAGAUCUAACAACAACGACAGACAAGGCAAUGGGAAAAAGGGAAAGUUCGCAGGCAAAACCGAACAGACCCUUAGAGAAAAUCCUUCCAAGAUCACUGCUUUCUCUAUCUUGACUGACGACUUGGAGACAAUCUACAUGGCAACUCAGUCUGUAGUCCCGUACAAAAAACCUGCUCCCAUGAAAAAGGACAUAAGUAAGCAGGACAUGUCCAAAUUUUGUCGUUUUCAUGGAGACUAUGGCCAUGACACUAAUGAGUGCAACAACCUGAAGUGGGAAAUUGAAUUCCUGAGAAGGAAAAAUAACCCGCAUGUGCAAAAGUAUGUCAAGGCCGACCAGAAUCAACGGGCCGCCCAAGCAGAUAACGACCAAGACCUGCUACUGCCUCUACCAGUGGACGGACAUUUACAAGUUAUCAUCGGAGGCCCACAUAUUGUUGGAGAUUCGGGCAAAGCUCAGGAGAGGUAUGCCCGAACUUCACAACACGAACCAAAGGAAGUGGUUCUGGCCGUAGAAGAAAGAAAGCUAAAAAUGUCACAGGUAGGGGAACCCACUAUAACCUUCACUGAAGAAAAUGCUGUCAAUGUUCGCUUCCCGCACAAUGACCCAUUAGUCAUGGAGAUACAGAUAGCGAAUAAAACAGUGGCCCAGACUAUGAUAGAUAAUGGAGCCUCAGCAAAUAUUCUAUUCAAAGCACCGUAUGAGAAGAUGGGGCUCCAACGCAAAGAUCUAAUCCCUUGUACCCAGUCGGUAUAUGGUUUCUCCGGCCAGAGUGUUGCACCUUUAGGGAAAAUUCGUCUACCCCUCACUGUUGGACAAGCUUCGAGGAGCAUAACUGUGAUGACACAAUUCCUGGUAAUUGAUGUUCCAUCAGCCUUUAACGUUAUGUUAGGCCGACCAGCCUUAUAUGACUUAAAAGCUGUUACAUUAAUUUUCCAUUCGUGCAUCAAGUUCCUAACAAAGAAUGGGGUAGGGUGCCUAAGAGGAAACCAACAAGUUGUACGAGAAUGUUACAACCUUGCCCUGACCAAGGCCAAAAAGGAAAAAUCCUCUGGCCAGAGUUUAGACAGGGGGAAAAGCAUUGCCAAAUAG